UUUUUCAAGAAAAACGGAAUAAUUUCAUUUUAAGAAAAGAAGUUUAUAAUAAGAUUUGUGUUCAAAAUGGGUAAACCUAAAAAAUCGAAUAUAGCAGCGGCGCCAGCAAAAAAAGUCUCGUUGGAGAAACAGUUAUCAGAAGGCAAAAUAGCCAAACAAAAAAACAGAAAUAAAAUACAUAUUCGUACAGAGGAAUCAUCGUUUUUGGAUAGUAAAACAAGUAAAAAAAUCUUGGACGCAGCCAAACUACAACAAUUGGAGUUCAAUGAUGAAAAUUUUCCCAGUUUGGCACCAAGGAAGAAAGUCAAUUUUGAUUUGGGAGAGAUUAACGAGGCAGAUGAAAAUGUUAAUGUCAACGAACGGGAUUUCAUGGAUGAUUUGCAAAUCGAUGAAGAAGACGCCAAGGCUUUUGAACGUUUCCAAAAUCCAGAUGGCGGCAAGCGUACACUAAAAUUGUCGGAAAUGAUCAUGAGCAAGAUACAAGAGAAACAGGCUGAUAUACAAUCAAAGCUUACAGACGAAGGCUCAUUGAAAAUUGAAGACCUUGAUCCACGUGUAAAGGAAAUGUAUGAAGGAGUGCGAGAUGUAAUGAAACGUUACCGCAGUGGAAAAGUUCCAAAGGCUUUCAAAAUUAUACCCAAACUGCGUAAUUGGGAACAGAUCUUAUUCAUAACAGAGCCACACAAUUGGAGUGCGGCUGCCAUGUUUCAAGGGGCUAGAAUUUUCUCCUCUGUCUUGUCACAAGCCAUGGCUCAACGCUUUUACAAUCUAGUUUUAUUACCACGCAUACGGGAUGAUUUGGCUGAAUAUAAAAAACUAAAUAUGCAUUUAUAUAAUGCUUUAAAAAGGGCUCUCUUCAAACCGGCUGCGUUUAUGAAGGGUAUCAUUUUACCUUUGCUCGAAGCUGGUGAUUGUACCCUACGUGAAGCUAUUAUUUUUGGCAGUGUUAUUGCUCGUAAUUCUAUACCAGUUUUACAUUCAUCCGCUUGUCUUUUGAAAAUCUGUGAAAUGGGUUAUACGGGAGCAAACUCCAUUUUUAUACGUUAUUUCCUUGACAAACGUUAUGCUCUGCCUUAUCGUGUAGUAGAUGCAGCAGUUUUUCACUUUUUAAGAUUUGAAAAUGAUAGACGUGAAAUGCCUGUUUUAUGGCAUCAAAGCUUAUUGACAUUUGUUCAACGCUAUAAGAAUGAUAUUUCAUCGGAACAAAGAGAAGCUUUAGUUGGUUUGUUAAGAAAACAAAAUCAUCCCCAAAUGACACCUGAAAUACGCCGAGAACUAUUGGCGGCCACAUGUCGUGACGUUGAAAUGAUGGAAUGUGAUAAUAAAACAGCAGCAGUGCCCGUAGAAAUGUACACAGAUCAAGAUGUAGGAUAUGAGUAAAGAGCUUACAUACAACCCCCCACCAAAUUUAACGACAGAUAAAUGAAAUUACAAAUUUCCACUUUAAAUGAAAUAACACAAAUAAACAAUCAAAUAUUUUUAAAUAAAAAAAUUAAUAUUACAUUUUUUAUUGUUGUAAAUACAGAAAAUAAUAAAUAAAACAUCAUGUUCAAUAGAA